GUUAUAAAACCAGGCCUCUGCUCCUCCUCUGCGCUUGCCGCGACCUUUGACUCCUCCUGGUACCAGCGGAUGGCGCGCACCACCGUGGCGGACUGGCUGGCGGCAGCAUGAUUGGAUCCUGUCUACCCUCUGCCCACCACAUCACUCCUCCCCCCUCACUCACCCAGUCCACCUGACUCGCUCCUCUCCACCCUCCUCACCGAGCGGAAGAAGAGGAGGUUCCUCUUCCCGAUCCAUCUCCGUCCGGCGGUUCACGCCGCCGCCGCCGCAUUCAAGGCGCGGUUUUUGACCGGACCCGAGUUAAGAGGGGGCGUCGGUGGGGAGCAGCAAGGAAGGGGAAGAAGAUCUGUCGCCGCCGGCAAGAUGGGGAGAUCCGCGUCUGUAUUUCAAGCCCUUUUGGUUUUCCUAAUAACAAUAAUUGAGACCCAAUGGUCCAGCGUAUCCGGCAUGUACUGCGCGGACAUGGCAUCGACCGUCUACCGACCACAUAGUGUCACUAUAACUGAGUUUGGUGCUGUCGGGGAUGGCGUGACUCUCAACACCAAAGCAUUCCAGAAUGCCAUCUUCUACCUCAAUUCAUUUGCGGACAAGGGUGGCGCGCAGCUCUUUGUGCCUGCUGGAAGGUGGCUGACAGGCGGUUUUAGUCUGAUCAGCCAUCUCACUUUGUCGCUGGACAAAGAUGCAGUAAUAAUCGGAUCUCCGCACUCAUCUGAUUGGCCUGUUAUAGACCCUCUUCCAUCCUAUGGGCGCGGGAGAGAGCUCCCCGGAGGAAGGCACCAGAGCUUAAUUUUUGGCUCCCAUUUGACAGAUGUAAUAAUUACUGGUGCUAAUGGGACAAUUGAUGGUCAAGGAGCCAUUUGGUGGGAUUGGUUCCAUAACAACACACUGAACUAUACUAGGCCACAUCUUGUCGAGUUGAUGUACUCCACCAAUGUUGUUAUAUCAAAUUUGACUUUCAAGAACUCCCCGUUCUGGAAUAUCCAUCCUGUAUACUGCAGCCAAGUUAUUGUCGAGCACGUUACAAUCCUAGCACCUUUGAAUUCGCCAAACACCGACGGCAUUAAUCCAGAUUCGUCCACAAAUGUUUGCAUCAGUCAUUGUUAUGUCAGAAAUGGAGACGAUGUUAUUGUCAUCAAAAGUGGUUGGGAUGAGUACGGCAUUUCUUUUGCUCAGCCUAGCUCCAAUAUCAGCAUCAGCAACAUCACAGGAGAAACUAGAGGUGGUGCAGGAAUUGCCAUCGGAAGUGAGAUGUCAGGUGGCAUAUCUGAAGUCCGGGCUGAAGGCCUCCGCAUUGUGAACUCAUUGCAUGGAAUCAGAAUCAAGACCGCUCCAGGACGUGGAGGGUAUGUAAGGAACGUCUACAUAGCUAAUGUCAGCAUGCACAAUGUUUCGAUGGCCAUAAGGAUCAAUGGAAACUACGGCGAACAUCCUGAUAACAAUUAUGACAGGAAUGCUCUCCCCAUUAUAAGCAACAUCACAAUUCAGAACGUUGUUGGCGUUGAUGUUGGUGUUGCUGGCAUCUUGGAGGGCAUUGAGGGCGACAACUUCAGCAGCAUAUGCAUCUCCAAUGUCUCCCUCAGCGUACAAUCCAGGCAUCCGUGGAAUUGUUCGCUUAUUCAAGGAUAUUCAAACUCUGUGACUCCAGAGUCGUGCGAGCAACUCAGAACAGAUUGUGAAGAGACAUCGAUCUGCUAUGACGGUGGCAGUUCUUUAGCCGUUGGUUCACGGGCAUCCAUACAUAAUAAGCCUAGUGCCAACAUAUUACUAAAUUCAUUAUUGCAGUUGGUGUCGCUGUAAUGUAGGUAGAUAUAGAUGCUUGUUAUUUGUUGCAGAGGGGCUUGCGUCAUCGGAUGCAUCGUGUUAGCCAUGUAUAUCUUAUUUUUGCAAUCAGUUUUGCUUAGAAUGCAAUUUGUUUCUUUGUAUAUAGAUGUGGAGAUGAGUGUCAGUGCUAGCUUGUUCUGUCAUGAUCUUGAUUUGUUCUCUGUUUCCAAAGCCUUGUUGGAGCAUGAGAACAAAAGCAAAAUUACUGUAAUAUUUCAGUUUUGAGUCAUAGAUUUAAGAACAAUUAGAUAUGUUCAGUUUUGUGA